UGUUUGAACACGGACGCCUUUAUCAUGUGACAAAAACAAAAACAAACCGGUCGUGAACAGGCGCAUCUGCUGAAAUUCCAAAGUGCGUUUUGUGCAUUUGUAAAAAAGUUGUGCUCAUCCAAUCCAGGUCCAGUACUUAUUAACAAAUCAAACCUUCAAGAUGGUCAACUAUGAAGAGAGCAAUUCCGAUGAUGAUCUGUUGAUCUCAAAUCCAGAAGGUGCCCAUAUCGUACAGCCGCAUGUCGAUCCUGACUUCAGUGGCAUGAGCAACAGUGUGAAUGCUCCGAGUGAUCGCUACAAUAUUAUUUACAUUAUUUUCUUCAUCCAGGGUGUGGGCAUGUUGUUACCCUGGAACUUUUUUAUCACCGCCAAAGACUAUUUUUCGCAGAAAUUCGAAGAGGACGCGAAUAUCCAGGGAAAGUUUGAAAACGCGUUUGCUCUAUCCGCCAUGUUUCCUAACGUGAUCAGUUUGUUUUUGAACAUAUUUCUGACGAACCGACUUUCUAGAGGGGUCCGUGUCAUCACCUGCCUUCUGAUUAUGAUAGCUACUUUCACGGUCACGACAGUUCUUGUAAAAGUCGAUAGCCAGAGUUGGCCGGACAAGUUUUUUGUCAUUACCGUAUGCAGUGUUAUCAUCAUAAAUAUAUCAAGUGGUGUUUACCAAGGUACAUUGUUUGGUGUAGCUGGUAUCGUUGGUCAGCGGUACAUACAAGCCAUCAUGAGCGGUCAAGCAAUUGCAGGGAUCUUUGCAGCGUUGGCAGAUCUUAUUUCAAAACUUGCAGAGAACGAUGACACAACUACGAGUGCGUUCAUUUAUUUUCUGAUUGCAGUCGUGGUCAUUGCAAUCACGGCCGUAUCUUAUACUAUGCUGUUCAAAAUGCCGAGAAUGCAGUUUUAUUUUCGGCGAUUCGAACGCCGUUCAAAGAAUGACGUAAAAAUUCAGCAAGAGGUUAAACCGGAGCAGCCUGACAUUCCAUACUGGCAGAUUUUCAAAGAGAUUUGGCCGAUGGCGUUCUCUGUGACGGUUGUGUUCGGCGUGACGUUAUCCAUGUUCCCUGCCGUACUUGUAAAGAUUCGUUCAACAGACGAAGCGAACGGGUCAAUGUGGAACAAGAAAUUAUUCGCGACUGUUGUUGUAUUUCUUAUUUUCAAUUGUGGAGACUGGGUUGGAAGAAUUUUCGCUGGUCAAUUUCAACUUGUCAAGGAAAAAGGCCCGUGGCUUCCUUUCUUAGCCAUAACGCGGGUCGUGUUCAUACCACUUUUUUUCCUAUGCAAUAUCGAAGGGAGCGUCCACUUGCCGUAUGUCUUCAAGCAUGAUUUCUGGCCCGUCAUUAUAAAUGUCUUUUUUUCAUUGACUAACGGGUAUCUUGGAAGUUUGUGCAUGAUGUACGGACCCAAGUUGGUUUCAAUAGAAUAUUCAGAAACCGCUGGAACUAUUAUGUCGUUGUUUUUGUCGGUUGGUUUGACUUUAGGAGCGUGUGUUUCCUUUGCUUUGUAGUAUAGUUAGAAUCUAAUUGUUAUUCAGAGAAACUUUUUGUCGCAAAGCCUUUUUGUGAAAGCUUAAGAAAUAUUUUCAAAAUAUUUUAGUGAGAUAAAAAUCAUGGCGAUUUUUUAUAGCAAAUUUUACCAAAUUUUUAUCUCACAAAAAUUUUUGAAAAUAAAGUUUUGCAAAUUAAGCUCUGCUUAAGUUUAGUAAUGAAUUUUUAUAUAUAUAUUCUUAUGGCUGUAAUUGCUGACAUCAGCAAAUUUAAAAAUUCAAUUUUUUUUAAAGGUGUGAUAAUUAUAAGCUUGCAAAAUACACGAUUUUUUUAUAACUCGUUUAUAAGCAACUGAAUCAGAUUUUAAAAAAGAAUUAAGCAACUUCUGUUUAAAGAAAACUACAAUAAAUUCUUUGUCGUACACUUUUUUUUUUCCCUUCUAACAUAAAUUACAAAAGUUAAUCAUAUUAAGCAAUCAUCAACUUUAGAUCUACAUAUUGACUAAAAAAGGAACAGGAGAUCUGGUCAAAAUCCAAAAAAGUUUCUUAUAAAAAUUUUUGUACACGUUUUUUAUAAGCAACAAGAGGCUCGAAUCCUCUAAAACCGAUUAGCAUCAACGCUGCCUAAAUUAAGAUUAAAAAAGGUGGGAAACAGGGGUUAAAACCAUGAGAAUAGUUUUCAGGACAUAUCUUGUUUUAAAAGUUUCAUACGAAAAACAUAAAACUAAAAUUUGAUUUCUAUUGAUGGACUAACCUAACUAAGCCAUCAAACACGUAAAUUUGAUCUUCCAAUGCUCAACCUCGGAAAUAAUGAAAGUUAAACAACAUUAAGCCAAAAUUUUGCUAUGCUUAUAAAGAAAGGUUGUAAUGUGUCAUGACAUCCUAUUCCUGCAUAUGUAUAUAUCUGCUAAAUAUUAUCAAUUCGUGUUUGCAGAAAACUCCUAGACCAUGUAUAAGUAUUAUUUUGAAGCAUUUUAAAAAAUUGGCUGAAAUCGAGCUUGAAAUAAUGCUGCGCCCUCUGAAAAUUUUUAAAAAGACAAAGAGCAUUGUUAUUGUCAAAUACUUCGCGUGGCUAUGGUGUGUAUAAAAAAUAAUGAAUAUUAGGGACGAUUAUUUUUUGGUAAUUUUUGAUUUCGGAAGUAACACAAAAUCAAGCAAGAGAUCAGUUACGCUUCGA